UCUAAGUCGGUCCUCUAUACGAACCCAGACCAUUGUUCCUCAGUCUGUUGGUUGUGCACCAACCAGCACUACUGAUUUCAGUCUUUGCCACACCUGUUGAACUUCUAAGAUGUUCAGCAAACACAGAGGGAUGUUGGCAGCAAUGCUAUGUGCCUCCAUGGGCAUACUGAUAGGAGUGCUAGUUGGGCACUUGAUCACGCCCUCCAUUACUGAAGAAGAUAAAAAGAUUAUCAUGACCUACCAGAAACUCAUCGAAGACAAGUGGGCAUCUGAGACAGAAGAGACCCAAAUGAUCUUGGACCUCAUCAGCACAACUAACUUGAGGAAUAACUUGAAGGAGUUGAGCAGAAAACCCCAUCUCGCGGGCACAGCCAGAGACGACGAACUGGCGAUGCUAAUUAAACAGAGGUUCGUCGCAGCCGGGUUCGACACAGCGGAGCUCGUUCCAUAUGAAGUGCUUCUGAGCUACCCUAAUCACACCGAUCCAAACCUGAUUACAAUCAUGGACGGCUCCAAGAAGGUUGUAUUCACGAGCAAAUUCAAAGAAGAGGUGUUGCAUGAGGACGACAACGACCCAGAUUUGGUCGUUGCUUUCAAUGGCUAUAGCCCAGCAGGUGACAUCAUGACACAGCCAGGGGUCGGUGUCAUUUAUGUGAACUAUGGUCGAGUGGAAGACUUUGAGAAACUGGACAAACUUGGGAUUGAUGUCACAGGUCAUGUGGUCAUGGCACGCUAUGGGAAGAUCUUCAGAGGAAACAAGCUGCUGCAUGCGGAACAACGAAAUGCCACAGGUGUCAUCCUCUUCUCGGACCCGAGGGGCGUGGCUCUUGAAGGAACGGAUCCCAAGGACGUGUAUCCAAAUUCCUUCUGGCUUCCGGGCACUGGAAUGCAGAGAGGUUGGGCCACCACCAUACAGGGGGACCCACUCACCCCUGGAUGGCCCUCAACGAAGCACGCAUACAGGCUGGACGAAAGUGAGGUGCCGCUGCCCAAGAUUCCCUGUCAGCCCAUUGGCUACGACGAUGCUAGAGCAAUUAUGGAAAAAAUGGGUGGGAGAGCACCGCCGGUAGACUGGGUUGGUGGAAUGAAAGGCAUCAAAUACAACCUCGGGCCGGAGAUGCUGGACGAAUACAAAAAUUACACUCUGCGUCUGCAGACGAAUAACUUCCUGCGCAGUGUCAACGUGUCCAACGUGAUUGGAACCAUCAAAGGAAGUGUAGAACCCGAUCGAUACGUUCUGAUCGGAAACCACCGGGAUGCCUGGGGCUAUGGGGCUGUAGAUCCUUCUUCUGGCACUGCGCAGUUCCUGGAAACAGCCAGGGUAUUUGGUCAACUCCUGAAGAAAGGAUGGAGGCCAAGGAGGACCCUAGUUUUCUGCAGCUGGGGUGCAGAGGAGUAUGGUUUAGUAGGAUCUACUGAGUGGGUUGAGGAACACCUGGAGAAGCUUCAGGCACGAGCAGUCCUUUACCUGAACACUGAUACCUGUGCAGCUGGUCCCAUUCUCACUCCUUCGUCGAGUCCUCUCAUCUGGGACUCACUUGUGAAGCUCACUAAAAUGGUUCCUGGUGUACGGGAAGGCAAAACCAUUUAUGAUGAAUGGGCAGCCUACCAUCGUGCAAAAAACCAGUCCUCACCCCAGUUAGAGACCCUGGGAUCUGGUAGUGACUACGCAGCCUUUGCCUUCUAUGGGGGCAUACCUAGCAUGGAACUGUUGUUUAGAACAGAUAAGAACAAGUACGACAUAUCCAAGUACCCAUUCUACCACACAGGCUAUGAUACUUUCUAUGCAGUAGAUAAGUUUAUUGAUCCAGGCUUUAGGAUAAUGCAGGGAUGCGGUAGGUUGGCAUCCCUGUUCCUGAAGUACUUCGGAGACUCUGCUCUUAUACCCUACGGCCUGCAACAGCUAUCAAGGGCAAUAGAAGAAAACCUCAACAAAGUCAAGGACAAUGGCAAAGGUGCCACUUUGCUGAAAAUUUAUGACAAAUUCCCUCUACUAGAAAAAUCUGCUCAGAAUUUCACAACUGCAACGGCCAUAUUUGCUAGAAAACUGGACUCUGUAAAGGAUACCUUAGAUCCAGUUACGCUGCGUGCAGUUAAUGACCAAUUAAUGAAAAUGGAACAGGUUUUCAUUAUACCAACAGGUCUACCAGGACGACCUACAGUCAGACAUGCAAUAUUUGCACCAAGCCAGUUCGACAGCUAUGCCGCAGCAGGGUUUCCUGGCAUCUCUGACCUUCUCUAUAGAAUAGACGAUUUGCAAGGAGAGGAGCUAAGCAAAAGGCAUAAAGAGAUUCGCAGACACAUUUCAGAUCUAACAAUUCUGCUUCAGAAGGCAUCUGGUCUCCUGGAGGAUUUUAAUUUAAUCUAAGAAGUAUGUAGUCUUAGAUUCAAAAUUGUUUUUAAAACCCACUAAACUUAAUGAGAAUUAUUGUUUGGCAAGCAUGUAAAACUUAGUCAAUGGUUGUUGUUUAGCAAGCAUGCUAAACUUAACUGAAACCACAUUUUUGUGUUGAGGUCUUUAGAGAAAAAUACUGCUUCAAAAAUUGAAUGUUUUGUGUUUUUUAUAUAAACUAAAUAGUAUAUGAAAUGUAAAGAUGGAAAGAUUUUGAUCACAGACUAAAUUCAAUUAUGCUGAAAAUCAAGUUUCAUAGCUAAGGCAAUGUAACACAGUAAGUAAGAAAGGCAUUGCCUGUGUUAUUUUCCAUAGGUUUCUAUCGACUGCCUGUUGUUGUUCUUUAUCGUAUAUAAUAUAAUGCAACUAGUAUACUUAUGGGAGUACUUCUAAUAUAAUUAAUGAUUAUUAAAAUGGGAAGUGUAAUGUUAUACCAGCUUAAUAUACUUCAUUCUUCUUUACUUUCGCAACCAAACUGUGAAUCAACAGUAUAGUAAUUAUAUUGGAAACCAGCCACAUCAAAGAGCAAUAAUGAACUGGAUAUGUAAUGAGUGAAAAUUUACAGUAUUAUGUUACACAGUAUAAUAAUAAUGUACCAAGACUAAAAUUAUAACACCUUUAAACGUU